AUCUAAAAAAAUGUCAAGUUGUGCAAUUACAAUAAAAUAAAAAUUUAAUUGUUUAUUUAGAGUGAUAAUGAGUAAUAUACAAUUAGAUAUAUGGCGUGGUGAGUGGGGCUUAGCCUCUAUUGAUUUGGAAUGUCUAAAGGUUUUGACCUAUAUGAAAUUUAUCGGUGUUCCUGUGAAAGUACACGAAGCGAAUAAUCCAUAUUUCGCACCGAAAGGUCGUCUGCCUGUCAUGAGAGAUGGUCGUCAUGUUCUUACAACUUUUGAAGAAGUUGUAGAUCAUUUGAAGUCAUUACAUUACAGUACCGAUGUUCAUCUGAAUACAAAUCAAGCAGCUGAAGCAAGCGCAUUCACACAGUACCUACGAGAGAAGCUGUAUCCAGCAUAUGAGUAUGCAUGGUGGGUGGAUGAAAAGAACUACACGGAGCUCACUAGACCUGCAUAUGCAAAAGUAUUACGAAUACCCUUUAACUUUUAUUAUCCUGGAAAGUAUCAAAAUGUAGCCAAGGAAAUGAUUGAUGCUUUGUACGGAGAGCAUUCUGAUUUAAAAGAGAUUGAAAAGACUAUAUACCAAGAAGCGGAAAAGUGUCUGGCAACUCUGUCAGAUCGUUUGGGAGAGAGUGAAUACUUUUUUGGCAACCGGCCGUCUUCAUUUGAUGCUAUAGUCUUUGCAUAUCUAGCACCAUUAGUCAAAGCUCCUUUCCCUAACAGUACUCUCAGCAAUCAUGUAAAGAGCAUUCCGAAUCUAACCAGAUUUGUUGCGAGAAUUAAUCAGAAGAACUUCAGGCAGGUUACUGAUGAAUACAACCUACAGAACAGCAAGAAGCAGUCAACAGGCACACAGGCGGACCGUGCUGCCGCUAAUUUCCCAAACCAGACUCGAAACAAGAUCCUAGCAGCUAUCUUUGCCGCUUUUGCUAUGACCGGAUAUGCCUUUGCUAGCGGGAUGUUCCAGCGUUUAUCAACAUGGAGUUGGGAGAGAACUUUGCUACUGAACAAAUACCGCAUCGUCAAGAAACAUCUGGAAAAAAUGAAAAGACUUCGAGUUGAAAGAGAGCAAGAGAAGAAAACUACUUAAAUCUCAAUUUCUAUG